AUGUCCUGGGACGACGAAGAUUUUGAAGUUCCAACAUCUGCGAAAAACCAACCGGUUCCGGCCUCUUGGGACGACGAGUUCGCCGCUGUUGACAACGAUGAUGAGGCUGUGCUAGAGUCUUGGGACGCGGAACCUAGCGUGAAGCCUGCUGCUAGCAAAAAACCGAGCUCCAAAGGUACUGCUAGCGGCAAAAAAGACGACAAGAAGAAAUCCGGCAACGACAAGGUUCUUUUGGAAAUCGACACCCUGGAUGAAAAAACCAGAAAGGAGCUUUUGAAGCAAGCCGAAGUUGACGCCGAUCUCAAUAACGCUGCGCAGCUGUUCGAAGGCCUUGGUGUCGCUGAGGAGCACCCUAGAGCUCGAGCUCUACGCAAACAGAAUGAGCAAGAGAGUCUACUACGUCCUGCGUCGUUCACUAAAGAUACUCCUAUUGAGUCCCAUCCGCUGUUCACCGCCGCUGAAACUAAGAUGGACUUCCAAGAAUUGAGAAAAGCUCUGGCUACCGCGGUCACGUCGAUGAACGAGAAAUCGCAAUUGAAUUAUGCAUCCGGUUUGGCUAUUGAUCUCAUUCGUGAUGUUGCAUCUCCCAUGUCUAUCGAAUCCAUCAGACAAACUAUUGCUACUUUGAAUGUUCUCAUGAAAGACAAAGAAAGACAAGAAAGACAGGCACGUUUGGCAAAGGUUAGAGGUGGAACUGCCACGGGCGGUGCUGGUAAGAAGAAGGCCAAAGCUGCUCAAGCUAACCUCGGUGGUGCUUUCAAGAAAGACCAGGAAUUUGAUCUCGAGAAUGCCGAUUUCGACAACUUUGCGGAGGAUGAUUUCAUGUAA